CCAUGUAAAUAAACACUGUACAGUGCGGCUCUCUCUGUUAGUUAUGAAGCAGCAUCAUACGUUUUUCCAUACAAGAUGAUAAGAGGGGAAAAAAUCAAGAGGUUUCAACAUGAUUGUAAAAGCAAGUAUAUAAACAAUGUCACCUUAAUAAAGAGAAGACAGAAAUGUGUUUUGUACAGUGAUCUGAUGGCUAGUGAAAGAGAUUUGUUCUGUGCUGUUUGUGUUAGCUGUUCGUUUUUUUUAAGCCAUGAGGCUUUUUGUGGACCCUUUAGACUACUUCAGACCCACCGUACAAAGCAGCAAGACCAGCAAAAUGUAAUUGACAGUGCUUAACUCACGUGGUACGUGUGAAGGAUCUCAUCCUUUGGACUUAAUCAGAAAUCCUCACCUAAUCCCGCAGCCAGGUGGUUCAGCAGGGCUCUUCAGUUUGACCUGUCACCAUGAGGUAUUCACAGCAGCCAGGACUGAUGGCUGUGGGUUAGGGGACAGCAGGGAGACAGUGCCUCACCCUUUGUUUCUGCUUUUGGGAGGUUUAUGCCGAGAGCCUACCCUGAUGAAGGCCGGUUGGCUCCAGAAGACGGUUAGAUGGAUAGUGCGGUUGAUGUAUUUUCGGCGAAAGUGUCAAAGGAAGGUGACUCUGGUGAUGGUGGGAUUGGAUAAUGCAGGGAAGACUGCCACGGUGCGGGGAAUUCAGGGAGACAAUCCGCGGGACGUCGCUCCCACAGUGGGCUUUUCCAAAGUCGACCUGAAGCAGGGCAAGUUCGAAGUGACCAUCUUUGACCUGGGGGGCGGGAAAAGAAUCCGGGGAAUCUGGAAAAAUUACUACUCGGAAUCGCACGGUGUGGUGUUUGUGGUCGAUUCCAGCGAUGUCCAGCGGAUCCAGGAGACGCGAGAGACCAUGGCUGAGGUCCUUCAGCACCCACGCAUCGCUGGCAAGCCUGUGCUAGUACUUGCAAACAAACAAGACCAGGAGGGAGCACUGGCUGAAGCUGACAUCAUUGAGAACCUGUCCUUAGAGAAGCUUGUUAAUGAGAACAAGUGUCUCUGUCAGAUUGAACCAUGCUCAGCCGUUUUAGGCUAUGGGAAAAAGGUUGACAAGUCCAUCAAGAAGGGCCUGAACUGGCUGCUCAGCAACAUUGCCAAAGACUAUGAAGCCAUCACCGAGCGAGUGCAGAAGGACACUGCUGAGCAGCGCGCUCUGGAGGAACAAGACAAGAAAGAGAGGGCAGAGAGAGUACGGCGGAUACGAGAGGAGAGAGAGCGACAGGAGCGGGAGGAGGCAGAGCGAGAGGGAAGGCCCAUCCAAGAAGAUGAGCCCGAUGAUGAGUACAUUCAGAGCCCCUUUCAGCCAAUAGAGAGCAUGAUUUCUGAAAACGAGGAUAAAGAAAAGGAAAGGAAGAGGCAAAAAGAGCUGCAGGAGGGAAGGGGUAACAGCCCUAGGGCAGCCACUGAUCAAGAGGAAGAGGAGGAGGAGAAGGAGCAGGGCGACAUGAGACAAACACUAGAGAACAACACUCCAGCCACGACAGGUGAGCAGAGCAAGAAGAAGACGAGCAAGCUGCACCUGAAGAGGAAGCACAGGGUGGACCCGCUGAGGAUAGAGGACGGACCAACGGAGAGCCUCACCCCUCCUCCGCCUCCAGUGGGAUGGGCCACGCCCAAAGUCUCUAGGCUGCCGAAGCUAGAGCCACUCGGGGACACGGGACAUUCUGAGUUUUACAAGAAACCUCUCCCGCCGGUCGCCAACAGGCCGAGGCCUAACGGCGAUGCUCACGACAUCAUUUCUUAAACCCCCUUUUAGCGAUUGAGGUUGACCAAUCACGACUGUAUUCUCCUUUCCUUUUUGUCUCAAGAGAGCGGCGUGUAGACAACCAAGCAAAUAAAAGCUUGACUGCUGUGGAUGCCGGAGCCGGGGACCUCUGAAAGGGCGAUGGACACUAAACAGAGUUGCGACAGGAAGUCCUGCUCAGAAGCUGUAAUUUGACCUCACAAAUUCAUUGUGAAACCCACCUGAACUGUGCAUAAGACUCUGUCUUCACAAGCAAAAGCACAACUUGGUGUUGAACUCUCUCCAGCUCGUAGACUUUAUAUCCUUCUAAUAAUAUCAGUGUUAGUUCGGACUUCUGUGUCAAACUCUGAUGCUUUUAAUCGACAGCAAAUGUAAAUAUACCCUUUAAAUAUGUCUGAAUAAUUUAUUUGUAUACAUGCCGCCAUUAAAAUAACCACACCAUUUAUUUUUGCACUUCUGGGUUUUUAGUGUAAAACACCAUGUGGCUCAGGCACCUGAGUAAUGAUUUAAAAAAGAAAAAAAAAAGAAAAAGAAAAAUGGUAUCGGUCUUAAGUGGCUUCUUACAGGUGAGUGCUUUAAAUUGGACCUUUUGUGAAGUCGGAAACAUUUCCAGCUUUUUUUUUUUUUUUUACAGCACUGAUGUGUAAAGAGGGCGAGUCACAGCUGGCAAGUGGAUUUUGUGGAAGUCACUUUUUUUUUUUUUUUUUUUUUUUAAGGACUAUGUUGACUUUUGAUGUAAAACACAAAGAAAAGGAAAACACUAAUUUAAAAACUCUUUAACUGGAUACAUUUAUAAAGGAACUUUUUAUCUACUGUUUUAAAACAUGAACAUUUACAUGUCUACAGAGCUUUUAACACAUUCUGCUGUUUACACUGUGUGUCAGUUUUUUUUUUUUUGUUUGUUUUUUUUUAAAAGUGAUAUUUCUCUCAAGACAGACUCGCUGCCUUUUCAGGUGGCCCUCGAGGUGUGAGCUGGUGCUGUUGGUGUCCCAUCUGUUGCGGCGCGGCUGUCUGCUGCGCCCAUUUUUGCUUUGAAAAAACCCCCCACUAAAAUUGCAUCUCGACGAGCAUAAUCACAAAUCUGAAGCUUUGAACACUCCACUGCCCCAGUUAAGUUUGUUUUGUGUGCUGGAGGAGUUUGCAGUAGGGAUGAUAAGGGAAGAAGAACAUACUUCUACAGCAGCACCUGGAAGAGCCAGUAUUGGGUCAGAACACAUGAGAAUAUGUGCACCAGAAGUAAUAAAAGAAGUAUCACUUUAAAAAAAAAAAUCCCUGCAAUGUUGUAUUUCAGAUCUGUAGUACCAUGCUCACUCUCUUUUAAUGUGCUAGAUGUUUUAAAAAAAUAAAGAUAUUUUUUCUAUCCAGAUUGAAUUUUAUAAUGGCAAAAUAAAAGAUGUUUUAAA